AUGUCAGAAGUAGUAUCACCUUCAAUUGAAACAACUAUAGUUAGUAGUACUACAACUACUAAUAGUACAACAACACCCACAACUUCAACCACCACCACAAGUACAGCAUCACCAUCCACAUCAAGAUUUAGUUUUAAAAAUAUUUUUGGUAAACAUAGUAAAAAAGAAAGUGGUAGUGAUUCUUCUCAAUCUUCAUUGAAUUUAAAAGAUAAAGAAUCAAAAGAAUCAAAAGAAAGUAAAAGAAAGUCAAAAUCAUAUAAAAGAUCACAAAGUUUAGAGAAUUUCUCAAAGACACCAUCAACCAGCGAAAAUAAUAUUCAAUCACCAGAUAAUGCUGCGGCAAAUACACAACCACAAACCACUACUAUCGAUACUGUACCAAUUACAAUGAUUGCACCAACUGGCUCAUUACCAAAUAUGCCAGAAGUUUUAUCAAAUGGUAUUUCAUUAGAGGGUAAUAAUAAUAAUAAUAAUAAUAAUAAUAAUAAUAAUAGUAAUAGUAAUAAUAAUGAAGGAUCAUCAUCUUCAACAACAGCAGCAACAACGCCAUUAACUGAAUCAGUAUCAUCAGCAUCAUCAUCAUCAUCAACAUCAACAAUUACAACAACACCAAGUGAAGUUACACCACAACAUUCAACAUCAUCAUUAAUGAAACAAUCACCACAAGGUGCAGAUUCAGUUACAACAAAUAAUAAUAGACGUAGUUGGUCCGAACAAUUAGAUAGCGAUAAAGAGAACUUUGUAAACGAUUUAAAUGAACAAUCAGUACUUUCACAUCCAUCAUUUUGUGAGCCAUCACGUGUAAAGAGAAUUAAAGUUGCCAAUGUUACAAUUAUAUUCAACCCAAUGAGUGGUAGUAAAAUCGGUGAAAAGAUUAUGGUCGAAGCUAAAAAGUAUUUCGAAGUACAUGGUAUUAAAGUACACGUAAUUCCAACUGAAUAUAAAGGUCAUGCCGAAGUUUUAUGUCGUACAUUAGAUAUCGAAGGUAUUGAUGUAGUUUGUUUAGUCGGUGGUGAUGGUACCAUCCAUGAGGCUGUAAACGGUAUCAUGAAGAGAGACCCAGAGUCAAGAGAACGUUUUGUUAUGGCUUGUUUACCAGCUGGUACUGGUAACUCUUUUGUAUUGGAACUCCAAGGCAAACUCUCAAUUAAACAUGUUUGUGAACGUGUUGUCAAUGGUUUAACCGUACCAAUUGAUAUUGCCAAGGUUACAAUCGUUGGAAAGAGUAAAAUUAGUGCUGAAUGCUCAAGAAGAAAGUUGGAAUAUAAUACAUUGAAAAAGAAAUUUGCUCAUGUAAAUUUAGAUGCUUCAACCCUCUCAAGCAGUCAAGAAGCUGGUAGACGUUCAAUUCAAGCUUACAGACAAAUUCGUCCAGAUGCUUUAAUGGAGUAUGGUAGUACAUUGGGUAAUCAAUUCAAUGGUAGUAAUGGUAUCGAUAGAGCCCCAUCUUCAAGCGAUUUAGGUAAUGAUAUAAUAGACAGUGAACAACAAGCACACAAUUUCGACGACAAUACACCAGAACCAAUCUAUUGUUUUAAUUCACUUCAUUGGGGAUUAGGAUCAAAGGUUAAUAUCACCGCAGAGAAAAUGAGAUGGAUGGGUAAAGCCGUUCGUUAUACCACCGCCGCCCUCUUGGAAUUAUGUAGAGGUGAAAGAAUUUUAGCACGUAUCGAAUAUGAAGAUGCCAAUGGUGAAGUCACAGCUUUGGAAGACGAAUUUUGUUUAGCAAUUGUAAAUAAUAUUCAAGGCGCUGCCAAAGGUAUGAAAAUGGCACCAAAAGCAAAAUUAAAUGAUGGUCUCAUCGAUUUAAUCCUCGUUAAAUCUCAUAAAACUUUUGAUUUAAUGAAUAUUUUCACCAAAGUUUACGAUGGUACUCAUACAGAACUCGACUAUGUCAUCUAUAAACAAGUUAAACGUUUCUCCAUCACCCCUUUCAAAAAAGAUAAAGAAAGAAAGAAACGUUUAAGAAAGGAAAAGAAGAGAAUUAAGGCUGCCAUCAAGGCUGGUCGUGAACAUGCCAAGAAUCCAUUAGAAAUUUUAAAAACUGAAUGUAACACAAUCCUCUCCGAGUUGGAAGAUCAAAUCGACGAAGAAAUCAUUGAUAUCGAUGGUGAAUUAAAGGGUCAAACUCCAUUUGUUUGUGAAAUGAUACCAAGAUCAGUUAGAGUUGUAGUAUAA